AUGUCCAAAAAGGAUAUCACAGAUGAAAAGAACAUAACGACUCUCGAGGUAUCUGGCUCACCAACCAGCGAUACUGAUCAUGGUAUUAUCAAAGAUUGGGAUGAAGAGGAAGUCUCUGUCCGCCGCAAAAUCGACUUUACCCUCAUCCCUAUCAUCGCUCUUGCAUUCUUCGCUCUCCAAAUGGACCGCGGCAACAUUAGCGCUGUUCUGACAUCUUCUAUCACCACGGACCUCAAGAUCACAACAAACCAAAUUAAUAUUGGCACCCAGCUGCUGUCCGCUGGUAUAGUAGUCUCGGAGAUCCCAUCGAAUAUUAUUAUGCAGCGCAUUGGGCCACGCGUUUGGUUGAGCGGUCAAUUGUUUGCCUGGGGACUCAUCGCGACCUUCCAGGCAUUUGUCCAGUCAUAUCCCGCGUACUUGGUCACUCGGUUCUUGCUGGGACUCUGUGAAGGUGGCUUUAUCCCUGGUGCGCUGUACUACUUGUCUACUUGGUAUAAGAGGGAUGAGAGUAGUAUGCGGAUUAGUUUGAUAUUCUACGGGCAGAUGUUCGCAUCCGCGACCUCUAGUUUGAUCUCAGCGGGUCUGCUCAAGCUAGAUGGUGUCCAUGGAAUGGAGGGAUGGAGAUGGAUUUUUCUUGUAGAGGGUCUGAUCACACUUUUCAUUGGAAUUGUUUUCACGCUCCUCGUUUCCCCCUCGGCCGGUGAUGGUCGCCCCCUAAUUGCCAUGGGACGGUGGAGCUACUUCACCGAGCGCGAGUCGCACAUUAUCCGCAACCGUGUUCUUCUUGAUGAUCCACGCAAGGCAAAGGGCCAUAUCCAGAUUACCAAGUCGGAUAUUUUGAAGACCAUAAAGCAACCGAGAAUUCUCCAGCAUGCGCUUCUAACUCUGGUGGCCAUGUCUGGCGUUCAAGGCUUGGGUCAGUAUACGCCCAGCCUGAUCAAGUCUCUCGGAUUUGAUGCUAUAAAGGCCAAUGCCUUGACGUCAGUUCCAGUGUACUGUGGUAUCGUCUGGUUGACAAUAUUGUCGUUCGCAGCAGACAAGACCAGCCACCGCGGGCCCUCUGUGCUCUUGUCUGUAACCUGGAACGUUAUCUCUUACGUCUGUCUACGCACCCGCAAUGCCCAUGCGUCAAAAUGGCACCGGUACGGAGUCAUUGCCGUAGCCAACGUAUCAGCUGCUAGCGUUCACAUCCUCAACAUCGGCUGGCUCUCAGUCUACUGCCGCACGCCCCAAGAGCGUAGUGUUGCCAUGGCUUUGAUUGUGAUGGCCGCUAACUGCGCUGGUAUCUCCGGUUCGCAGAUCUUCCGCACAUCCGAUGCGCCCAAGUACCUGCACGGCCUGACUGCGAUCUGUUCUUUGGCUGGUGCUUCAUGGGUUCUGGCACUGGUCCUCUGUGCUCAGUACUACAUUCACCGACAAAGGGCGGUGGCUUCAGAUGCAGAUCUGGAAAGAAAGGUCCCUACUUGA